AUGGUUUUGGUCAAAUUAAGGUUAAUUCCAGGGACAUUGGCCUUUGUUGCCUGUGCUCAGCCAUCAACCUAUGGCCUUCCAAUCGAUGACCCCUGUGACAAGUGUACCUAUGUGGGAGAGAGGAAGAACUGGGAUGACGGGGGAAUUGGGACGCGGCAACAAGGCCGUAGGCCCGUAGGGCGACGUGAAGACCGGGAAUGGAUUGAAAAGAGACCCGUUCAUCUGGGUCUAGCGUACCGUCUGGGCUGA